UACACAUUUCUUCUAUAAAUUAAUAAGAUCGACGCACAGAGCUGCUCGACUUUCUUCUUCCUUUUUUCAAUCGAUUAAAAUUUUGCGUAAGAUGGAAUCUGAGCAGAAAUCGGGCAUUCUGGAUGCAAAUAAUGACUAUAAAGCAACCUCAGAAGAAAGUAAUUCUUCAUCUUGUGGACGUAGUGGUGACCAAAACAUGAGCUAUGAUAAUAAACCUGGUGAGAUCCUCCAGAACUUGCAGAAUGUCUCAUACAUCUACCGACAAGAUGUUGUCAGAUGCAAAUCAAAAACUCAAAUUGGGAUAGUGACUGAAGUUGCUGGGGAUUCAGAUUCAGAUUCAGAUUCAGAUAGCAGCAUAACUGAUGAUGAAGAUGAAGAUGAAGAUGGGGGAGGAGUUGAUAAUGAAAAGGAUGAUGAGGCAGGUUCUAAUGAGGAAGGUGAUUUAGAAAAUGACGAAAAUUCUGGAGAGAAUGCUGUUGAUAGUAAUGAAAGUAAUGACUCUAAGAACAACCCACUCACUGCAGACCAAGUUAGGGUGCUUUGGAUGGAUGGGGCUGCAACAACAGAAACUACUACCGACGUGGAAGUUAUUGAUAGAGGAUUUUUACAUGGAGACUAUGUGGCUGCUGCUUCUGAUCCAACUGGCCAAAUAGGUAUAGUGGUGGAUGUGAAUAUCAAUGUCGAUUUAUUAACACAUGAUGGGUCUGUUAUAAAGGAUAAAGCAUCCAGAGAUCUGAUGCGCAUAAGAGAUUUCACUAUUGGGGAUCAUGUGGUACUUGGGCCUUGGCUAGGUAGAAUUGAAGAUGUUUUUGAUAAUGUUACUGUUCAGUUUGAUGAUGGUUCUGUCUGCAAAGUGAUGAAAGCUGACCCACUCCAUCUUAAACCAGUUGGUAAGAAUAUACUGGAAGAUGGACAUUUCCCGUAUUAUCCAGGUCAACGUGUGCAGUCAAGCUCUUCAUCAGUUUUCAAGAAUUCUCGGUGGUUAUCUGGGUCAUGGAAAGCUAACAAAGUACAAGGUACAGUAAUCAAUGUUACUGUAGGAUCAGUGUUCAUUUACUGGAUUGCAUCUGCUGGUUAUGGGCCUGAUUCGGAUACUACUCCUGCUGAAGAGCAGAGUCCUAAGAACUUAAAACUACUAUCUUGUUUUGCACAUACAAAUUGGCAGUUGGGAGAUUGGUGCCUACUCCCGUUCUCCAAGGAGUCAACAGUUACAACCUUGAACAAGGGAUCAAACAAAGCUGAUUCCCACGAUUCUACUAAGGGCGAGCAUGAAUUUACUGGAACAGUUGAUGAUUCCGAUGCAGAAAUGGCCACUACGGAGCAAUCAUCUGAGAAUAAUAAAUCUAUUGGAAAUGAUUUAGUUGCUUCAUCUGUCCAAAAUUGUGAAACAUCAAAAGAAAAUAAGACCUCAGCAGAAGACUCAGGCAAUAGUUCAGUGCCAGCUUCAAAGGAAGUUCUUCAUCGCAAGAAGUUGCGUAAAGUGGUAGUUAGAAAGGACAAGAAAUCCCGAAAGAAAUUAGAAAAUUUUGAAAGGGCUCUCUUAAUUUGCAACACCAGUACAAAAGUUGAUGUUGUCUGGCAGGAUGGCAAGAUAAAAUGUGACCUGGAUUCAACAUCUUUAAUUCCUAUUGAUAGUCCUGGUGAUCAUGAAUUUGUUGCAGAACAGUAUGUUGUGGAAAAAGCUGCUGACAGUGAUGAUGCUGUUGAGACCAGACGAGUUGGGGUUAUAAAAAGUGUCGAUGCAAAAGACCGGACCGCCUGUGUUAGGUGGUUGAAGCCUGUUGCAAGGGCGGAGGACCCUAGAGAAUUUGAUAAAGAGGAAAUGGUGAGUGUUUAUGAGCUAGAGGGGCACCCUGAUUACGAUUAUUGUUAUGGAGAUGUAGUUGUUAGGCUGUCACCUAUUUCUUUACCAGACCAAAUGGAUUCUCUUGUGCAUUCUGUUGAAAACAUGGCACUAACUCAUCCGGACGAGCUGAAACAAGAAAAUGGGGAGCAUUAUGGAUGUGGAAGUACUGAAACCACACUUAUUCAUGAUGAAUCUACUGAAUUUGCUGACCUCUCUUGGGUCGGGAACAUCACAGGUUUGAGAGAUGGUGAUAUAGAAGUCACAUGGGCUGAUGGAAUGAUAUCAACGGUUGGUCCUCAGGCGAUAUAUGUUGUUGGCCGGGAUGAUGAUGAGUCCAUUGCUGGUGGAAGUGAUGGCGAUGAUGCAGCUAGCUGGGAAACAGUUGAAGAUGACACAGACAAUGUCAAUGAUCCUGAGGACCAUGGGAUGGAAAAUGCAGUAGACAGCAGGCCUGAAAUUGAAGAUGAAACCAUUAAUGCAGAAAAUUCUGGAAAGAAUGGAGCUCUUUCACUUCCCCUAGCUGCAAUUGGUUUUAUGACUAGACUAGCCUCUGGAAUAUUUUCCAGGGGACAGAAAAAUUCUGACCCGUCGGAGAUAGAUAUACAAAAUGAAGAUGUUCUUCAACCUGAAGCUAAAGAUCAUGACGGUGGAUCAAGCUCUCAUAAACAGCAUGAUAUUGAUGAACGCCUUGCUAAGCUAACGAAAUGUGAGGAGGAGGAUCAUGAGGCUGCAGAGGCCUCUGAUCUGUUAGAAAUCGCUGAGACAUUAUGUAACUUAAAACCUCCAGAAUCGAAUGCUUCUGCGCGUGAAGAGUUUAUUUCAACAUUCAAAGGAUUUGAUAUAGUUAGAGAUCCUUUAGACCAUAACUUUCUUGGUUCACAGAAUCAGAACAAUUCCGCUAGGAAGUGGCUCAAGAAAGUUCAACAAGAUUGGGACAUUCUUCAGAAUAAUCUGCCGGAGGGUAUAUAUGUACGCGUCUAUGAAGAUAGAAUGGAUUUAUUGAGGGCUGUGAUAGUUGGAGCUUAUGGGACUCCUUACCAAGAUGGACUUUUCUUCUUCGAUUUUCACCUUCCUCCAGAAUAUCCAGAUGUUCCUCCUUCUGCAUACUACCACUCUGGAGGAUGGAGAAUAAAUCCAAAUUUAUACGAGGAAGGAAAGGUUUGCCUCAGUCUAUUGAAUACGUGGACAGGUAGAGGAAAUGAGGUCUGGGAUCCUUCAACAUCGAGCAUUCUUCAAGUACUGGUUUCACUCCAAGGCCUAGUAUUAAAUGCAAAGCCAUAUUUCAAUGAAGCUGGAUAUGACAAACAAGUUGGGACAGCCGAAGGGGAGAAAAAUUCUCUGUCCUACAAUGAGAAUACAUUUUUAUUGAAUUGUAAGAUGAUGAUGUAUCUGAUGCGGAGGCCCCCAAAGGAUUUCGAAGAGCUUGUUGUGGAGCAUUUCAGGAAGCGUGGCUCUUACAUUCUCAAGGCAUGUGAUGCUUACAUGAAAGGGAACCUCAUUGGCUCGCUCGCAAAAGAUGCUUCUGCCAGUGAUAGUAUAACCAACUCGAAUUCAGUUGGUUUCAAGCUAAUGCUUGCUAAAGUGUUACCGAAACUUGUAUCUGCUCUAAAUGAUGUUGGAGCUGAGUGUCAAGAAUUCGAGCAUCUGGCACAGUCAUAGCAGUAGUCUUAAGGUAUUCUGUGCGAAACUAUUGAAGUGCUACGUCUCAGCAUAGCACGCCCUAACUCGAGACAGUGGUACCAUGUUCGAUGGUUUGAGAAAUCCGCAAGGAUUCACUCAUACAGUUGCAAAAAUUUGUGAAUUGACUGCAAAGUUGAUCCAUCUGUUUGCCAUAGUUUUGAGGAUUCAAUUUCAUUGCUCUUUGCGAUUUCUCCGUCUUCGUCGACUGUAUUUUGCUUCUGUUGUUAAGUGAGCUGCAAGAGGUGGAAAAGGGUGAGGGCAGUCAAAUUUUUUUACAAGAACAUGGGGUUUUUUUUGUUGUAAAAUUCAGAUUGUUUGUUUCUGCUUCUGCUUGCUCUCAACUCAUUAUACUAUGAAACAAAAUACAAUUGGUCCAGUAAUGAAAUUUAGACAUUCUUUUAUUUUUA